AGUGUCAGAGACGGAGCCGGCUCGGAGCAGGAGUGACGGAGACAGGACCCGGGAACUCAGGACCCUGGAUGAAUUUGGCAGCUUUUGACCCCGGCCGCCCGAGCAGCAGCAGUGCCCCGAUGCUGGAGAUGGAGCCUCUGAACAGCACGUCCCCCGGCCCCGCCACCCCACGCGGCCCCCUGGAGUCCCACCUCCCCGGCGCGGGCAGCGGCAGCAGCAGCAGCGGCAACGGGAACGAGUACUUCUACAUCCUGGUGGUCAUGUCCUUCUACGGCGUCUUCCUCCUCGGCAUCAUGCUGGGCUACAUGAAGUCCAAGCGGCGCGAGAAGCGAGCGAGCUUGCUGCUCCUGUACCGGGACGAGGAGCGGCUGUGGGCCGAGGCCAUGAAGCCGCUGGGCCCCGGGUCCGGCCCGAGGUCCGCGCAGGUGCCCGUCAUGCUGAACGUGCUGCAGGAGAGCGUGGCGCCCGCCCUGGCCUGCACCCUCUGCUCCAUGGAAGGGGACAGCCUGAGCUCCGAGUCCUCCUCGCCCGACGUGCACCUCACCAUCCAGGAGGAGGGCGCGGACGACGAGCUGGAGGAGACCUCCGAGACGCCCCUGAACGAGAGCAGCGAGGGCUCGUCCUCGGAGAACAUCCACCAGAAUUCCUAGCACCCCCCCAUCACCACAUCCUGGGCGUCUGGAGGUGGCCCCGACGGUCAGAGCCUAGAGAGCGGAGGGACACUUGGUGUGUCUGCUGUCACGACAGCCCUGCCCGCUGCCCCCUUAGAAAGACCCUAAGCGGACCCCAC